GCUCGUCGUGCAAGAAUAAUGUAACCGCUAGAGGGCGUUUAGUAUGAGGUCACACUGGUCGGUAUUGUUUCCGGGUCUUCAUUUCAUCGCCAUUUUACUGAUGAGAAUCAGAAACCGAUAAGCUCUAGGCAUAAAAAAGGGAGUGAUGUGGGACCAGGGAGGACAGCCCUGGCCUCAGUGGCCGCUGGGAUCACAACAACAAUGGAUGCAGUCUUUUCAACAUAACCAAGAUCCAGGUCAAGUGGAUUGGGCUGCUUUAGCACAAGCAUGGAUUGCACAGAAAGAAUCCAGCGGUGGGGUUCCAGAUCUGCCGAAUAUGCAGCCCAACGGCCAGGAAAUGCCGAACAUGGAACCGCCUGGCCAUAAUAACCAUGGAAACUUUCCUGGCGAUUCAAAUUUUGGCCGAGGAUGGCAGCCAGAGUGGGGAAUGCAUGGCCAGCCUCCACCACCACCUCCUCCUCCAGAACCAGCAUGGAUUCCUCCUGGGCAGGGACCGAUGGAUGUUGUAAUCCCAUCGGAGGACAGUAACAGUCAGGACAGUUUAGAAUUUCCUGGGGACCCCCACCAUAGAGGCUUUCCUCAGAACAAUCAUGGCUUUGGGGGUCAGCCUGAACCUUUCCCUAUGGGGGUCAAUCAGUUUGAUUAUCAGCAUGGAGCAGCACCAACUGGGACAGCAUAUGUACCGCCCUCUGCCGGUUUUCACGCACCAUUCUGGCCCGAUGGGCCUCAGAACAGAAGAGAUCGGCUUCCUACCUUCAGACCAGAACGCCCCAGAUCCCCCAACCAGCUGGGAAUAAAACCAGAGGUGGCACCUACACUAGACGCUGUUAAAAGAAGAACCUUGCCUGCGUGGAUUCGAGAAGGCCUUGAAAAGAUGGACCGUGAGAAGCAAAAGAAGAUUGAGAAGGAGAGGAUGGAGAAAGAGCGCGCUGAAAUGGCAAAUAAUGAAAGGGAUAACGAUACGGUAGAGGAGGAAGGUGAUGGGCCUCGGGUGCCACGCAAAAGCAAAUUUGACAGUGACGAUGAGGAUGGUGAAGAUGAUGAUGGUGCCGUUGAGGAUGGAGUAUUAGGGAGGAAAUAUGAGUUUGGUGGUAGAUCUUCUCCCCUCGUUCAAGAGGAUCCGAAUGAACCAGAGAUGACCGAAGAGGAGAAAGAGUUUCAGCUGAUGGUGAUGACUAAAACGCUCCUCACUGAAGUUCUCCUAGAAGUCACAAAUGAGGAAAUCCUGCAGCUGGCCAAAGAGACGCAUCGCAAAGCCACUAAAGCUCCUGCAAAACAGCUGGCACAGUCAAGUGCACUGGCUUCUCUCACCGGCCUCGGCGGGCUGGGUGAUUACGGAACGGACGAGAGCGAGGAUGACGAGCCGAGCGCCAAGGGUUCAGACUCCUCGGACACUGAUGAUGAGGAGCUGAUGCACCGGAUUCGCCAGAAACAGGACGCCUUUCGUCGCAAAGAAAGGGAGCAACAGGAGAGGCUGGCACUGGAGGCACAGAUUAUUAAAGAAGAGUUGGCAUCAAACAGAGAGAGGGCAAGUUAUGAGGAUGACCAUUUAGAAGUUAGGGAAAAAGAGGCGGAGCCUACAUUAGAGCGACGCAGGUCACGUAGUGAGCCAGAGGUUAGUGAGGUCAAAUGGGCGGCUCCAAGCAAAGAGCGUAAUGGAGGAAGUGCCAGCCCCUCGCCAAACAAAAGACGCAGCCGAAGCUCAAGUUCCAGCUCUUCCAGCAGCCGAUCCUCUUCAUCUUCCUCAUCUUCUCGCAGCUCCUCGCGUUCCUCCUCUCCGCGAAGGAAGAGGCGACGCAGUCGGUCUUCCUCCCGCGGUAAUCGUAGGCGCAGCCGAAGUCGCAGUUCUCACAGACAUCUGUCGCGUGACAAGGGUAGAGACAAGAGGCGGAGCAGCCGCACCCGCAGCACAGAGCGUUCCUCUCAUCACAGUUCGCGACAGCGCAGAUCCAGCAGGGGUCGCAGGAGCAGGUCCAAGGCCAGUCGCAGCCGCAGCAGAGAGAGGCGGCGCAGCAGGGAACGCAAGCGCAGCCGAAGUCGAAGUACGAGCCGCAGCAGGCGGAAACAAAAAGCUUCCAGCAGGGACAGAGAGAAGAGGAAAGAGAGAAGCCGGAGUCACGAGAAGGAUAAGAGGAGGAAAGACAAAGAUUUUGAUAAAAAGAAAGACAAACAAAAAGGAAAGGAUAAAGGGGGGGAUAGCAGCUCAGUAAGGGAGGAAGACGACAACAGCGGUAAAUCGAAAAGAAGAAGGGAAAGCGACAACACAGACUCCCACAGUGAGCGGUUCUCUCGGCAAGACAGCAAAAGUAGCAAGAAAGGCUCCGCCAAAUCUAGCAGAAAGUACUCCGAUUCAGAGUCCAGUAGGAGCAGGUCCCCUUCCCCUGAGGUUAGCAAAGAAAAAAAGUCUAAAAAAUCUAAACGUAGUCGAUCAAGGUCAACGGAAAGAUCUCACAAGUCUGGUAAGAAGGCAAGCCGCAAACACAAGUCUAAGUCACGAUCAAGGUCCACAUCUCCCAGCCGGCGCAAGCGCUGAGGUGCACUGUCUACCUCUGAUCUGUGUACUUCUUUUAAAAUUCCAUGAGUUAACAGGCUUGUCUCAUUAUCGAGGCAACGUUGUAGGUGAACUCUCCACUCCAAAUCCCCUCACUCUCCCUAUUUUGUAAAUACAUGGUAUUUUUAAGUGUUGUCUUCAAAACAGAAGAUUUUGAAUGAUUGAUUUUUGCCUUGUAUUAUGCAAGACUUAACAUAAAAGUAGUCAAUAGAAUCUUGAAACUGUACCAUUUUAAAACACAAAGGAAACACAGGAGGAAAUACAUUCUCGUUUAAUGUAAAUUGUCAAAUAAAACUAUGAUUCUUUC